UGGACUCGCAGCCGCGCUUUUAGCGCCGCGCUCCACCCCGAAGCCGGCAGAACGCUGCUGCCACCGGCCCGAGAGCAGCCUGGGCGCUCCGUGCCCCGCCGAACCGAGUCUGGGCGCCCCGUGCCGAACCUCGCCGAGCCCCGGAGUUCCGUGCCCCGCCGAGCCUCGUCCCGCAGCCGCGAUGAUGCCUGGCCGGACCUUGCGCAAAGCCGCGCCUCCAGCCGCUCCUGCAGAACGCGAGGCGGCGACGGAGUGCGCCCGGGAGCUGACCCGCAUCGGAGACAGGUGGGACCUGCGGCAGAGGCUCCUGAACCUGCUCGCCAAGUUCUUCUGCCCCGGAAUGUGGGCUGCCCGCGGACACGGCGAGCGGAACGGAGGAGGAUCUUGCCUUUGUGGGUUUGGAAGAAGAGGCUCCACAGACAUUGGGAGAUGAAGAAACCUCAAAUCUCGCUGCUUUGUAUUUGACUGACUGCAGCUGCUGGAGGAUGGCUAUCAUAUGUUUUCUCUGAAGAAUGUUACAGCAAUACUGGUGUAUGAAUGUCUGGUGGGGAAAAAAGAUAAUGAUGGGCUGAGCCCCUAAACUGUGCAGUGGUGACUUGGGGCGAGCUGGUCACGUGGGGAGAUUUGGGACAAGAAUGAACUUGCCCUUCACCAUGGUCUGAGAACACUUUCAGGAAGCUGGUUUCCCCGGUCACCUUCAUGUCCCAUAGCCAUGUUUCACCGAGGAGAUCAGCCCACCUACAGGAUGAAGCAAAAAAAGUGUCAGUCUGUUGGAACUUGGGAUCACAUACCACACAGGAAAAGCCAGUUGCUGGACCUUUGACUGCUCCACUUCUCUAAAGUGUGGAUCCUGCUGGACAGGGAUCUAGUGGUGGUUGUUAAAAUUUGUUAAAAACAAUCACUAUCUUUAUUGGAAGGGUAUUUGUUACAGGAUGUUGUUUUGCAGACUAAAAGUUGUAAUUCUAUGAAUUAACACAGUGUUGCAUAGUUCUAGUCUAUAGUAUAAAUAUAUAGUAUAAGUUUAUAUAUAUAUAUAGUAUGUAUACAUAAAAUAUAAAUGUGUGCACUGCUGGUGCAUGUCAUGAGUAUCAGAUAGAACUAUUAAUUGAAAGCUGUUUAAUCUCAAAACACAGUAUGAAAAAAUUUUCAAAACAUGACAAAACUCAAUAUAAAUGGAUAUUAUAUAAACAAAAAAUAAUAUUUUCUGAUGAUAAAGGAAAUAAAUCAUGUGUCAGAGAGGGAAGCAUACUUUGGCAUUAUGUAAGAUAUGUAUCUGAAUAUAUAUAUUACACAUACAGAUACAUAGGUAAUUGUGGAAGGAUUCUUUCAAUAUUACAAAGAAUUUCUUGAUAACAGUACAAUUCUGCUGUGUCUUUAUAAGUAACAAAAUAACUUCAAUAGAAGUAGAUCCUAAAGUUGAAUCUUAAGUUUUGCUGAGAAUGUUAUUUAUUCAAAGAAAGCAACUACCUCUCUUUGAAGAAAUAAUAUCAAUAGAGUUGAGCAUUUCCAUGAUACAAGAAAGUAGCCAUAGAUUUUUUAAUGUUUAGUUAUAUUUACAGACAAAGUUCUUACCUUGUACUUUCUUUCCGUUUCAUUUCGUGGCCUCCUCAUUUCAGUUCCAGAAUGGUGGAGCUGUGGCAGCACAUCCAGUGGGUGGUGAUGGAUCAUCACCACUGAGGGCUUAGGUGGGAAUGACCCAUCUCACUAAGGGGAUAUUACCUUUGGCUGGCUUCGGAGGAGCUGAAUUAAACAUGUUGGUUGCUGUGAAGGCAAACACUAACUUUGCUACUCCAUUCAUGUCAGGCUCCAUCCUAAACAGUAUUUUGCAUUGGUCCAAGAUAGCAAGAAAAAGGCUGAAGCUGUUUCAUAGCUACCUCUAAGGUCACUGAUGAGAGUUCCUUCUCUUAACUACCCUGGUAUAGAAGCACAUUUGCAUUUUUAAGCCUGUAUAGUUACACUUUGUUAUUUGUGUCUAUUCAAAUUAUGCCUUCUCCUGUCUUGUGAUGAAUUCUUUUUUGUAUUUAUAAUUUAUUUUUCUGUUAUAUCUUCUUAAUCUGCCUUUGCAAAAUGGUCAUUAUGUAACUGGUCACUCUCACAACCAGCUUUGCAGGGGCUGUUAUGUAUUGACACUGACUUUUGUCACUGAGCAGAAGCUGACUAACUUUGCCUUCUUUCCACAGGAAAGACUUAACCCCAUCCAUCCCAGUGGUGUUACAGGGAGCUUUGCUGUUGGCUUGAGCCACGUGCAUGGUUCCCUUCCCCUCUGAGCUAGCCAGUACCUUUUCCAGGAGAACAAAAUAUUUCAAAAAUAGUUGUUAUUUAUCUUAUACUGCAAAGCAGUGCAUUUUACUGACAUGUACAUAGGUCAGUUUUUCAGGUACUCAAAAAUAAAGGCAAAGAGUUUCAGACCAGCAGAACACCAGCUCCCAGGCUAGCACUGCAUCCAGCUGGAAAAAAACUUCAUCAAAGACAGCACCAGCUUCAUAAGAAGGGUUGCUGUUGUAUAUCCUGCACCUGGUGGAGUCUUGGAACCUUCAUCAAGGACACUGAACAAUGACCAUGCCUGUCUGGAACUCUCAGAAGAAUUCAGCAUUAGCAUUCACAUUAGUAGCUGAAAAGUAUGUGAAUAAAACUGUUCUUUUCAAUGAAUGCUACUUGUAAAGUCAACAGGAGACGAGGUGUGGAUCGGUAGAACCCACCCUGUUCUUCAGGCUGUAGCACAUAUAAAUAUUACCAAAAAAUUGUAUACUCAUAAAUGCAUUGUCAUGGGGAUAUCCAAGUUUACUGUUAGCACAGUCUGCCUGGUUUUGCAAAGACUAUUUGCUUUUUUUGAAAUGUUUUAGGUUUUUCUAUGCAUUGGUAAGAAUGGCAGUGAACUCAGGAAAAAAGGACAGAUGCAAGAGCUCAGUGCCAGUAUAUGACCAAAUGCUUGCUGAUGUCAACCCUAGAUUUCUUUUGUUACUUCUGCAAAGGAUCUGCUUUAUGACUAUCAACAUGAGUUUGUUUUCCUUAAGGCCUGUUCUGGAUGCAUGCCAGAUGUGCUGCUGUAUGCCUCGUGCAUGUGUCUAGAGUUAUUGCUAAGAUAAUAAAUACAAAGUGUUUACA